GGGGCCGUGGCAACGGCAGGUUUGUGUAAACAACGGCAUUGAUUUUUAUUAGCUAGCUAAUUAAUUAAUCUGGCUAGCUAACUAAAUUAAACGCAUCGGAACCUUGGGAAUGGCAGAGCUGCACGUCAUUGGUCAGAUCGUGGGGGCCAGCGGCUUUCCUCAGAGUACACUCUUCUGCAAGUGGGGCAUUCACACAGGAGGGGCAUGGAGGCUCCUCUCUGGGCUAAGGGAAGGACAGACUCAGGUGGAUUCCCCACAGAAUGGCGAGAUGGCCUUCUGGAGUCACCCCAUUGACCUGCACUACACCACCAAAGGACUGCAAGGCUGGCCGAAGCUCCAUCUCCAGGUGUGGCACCAGGACUCGUUCGGGCGCUGCGAGCUCUUUGGCUACGGGUACUGCCACGUGCCCUCCAGCCCCGGGCACCACCGGCUGCGCUGCGUGACCUGGCGGCCCCUGGGCUCCUGGCAGGAGCAGCUGGCGCAGACCUUCGUGGGUGGGGGGCCCCAGCUGCGCUCCCCCGACCUCAUCUACAGCGGGGCCGACCGCUACAGGCUGCACACGGUCGCCAUGGGCACCGUGGAGCUGGAGCUGGGAGUCAUGCUGCGCUACUUCGACAAGUAUGGCGUGGAGAGCUGAGAGGGGGAGAGGGGAGAGGCCGAGAGAGAAGAGAAGAGAAGAAGAGAGAUAGAGCGGAGGAGGGUGGCUCAUGGUGGGGGUUUCUCCCAAAGGGAUAGAGAAAUUUGGAAGGGCUGUUGAACUGGGCGGUUGGUUAAAUGAGAGGUGCAUUUUUGGUGGGAACCAUCCAAGACCUGGAACAAAAUGGCGCUGACUCUGCUGCCGGGACUGAGCUAGCCCAAUAACAUUGUCAUUAGAAAUCAGAAAGCAAAGAACUGCUGAAAUCAGGUGGAUGAGAGAAAUAGCUUGACCUAAAUACUGUUCCCCUUUUCACCACAAGGGGGCAAGGUAAGCCCUUGUCUGCUUUCAUCACGAUCACGCGUAUAGCAAAACACAUUUCGCCCAGUGGACUUUUUUAAGUAUUAUAAAUACACAUUUUGUACCUGUUGAUUAGCUGUUUUUAAAAUACUUUUUCUAUGACCGAAUUGUGCAGUGCCGUAACUGUAUUAAAAAGUUUUUUACAUAUCUGG